UUUUCAACCGUCAGGCGCCGCCGCGACUCGAGAGUGGAAGAGAGGAAGAGAGGAAGCAGCGUGUGUGUGUCUGUGUGUGUGUAUUUUGAUUUCUUUUCACAAAACGGAAUAAACAAAAGGAACGCGUCGACAUGGAUUUGGACUCUAUGAAAUAUGCGGAGUUGCGAAAUAUCGCCAAGGAGCUCGGAUUCAAAGCGAACAUGAAGGCGGAUAAACUGCUGAAAAUGAUCAAGCAGCAUUAUGAACAAGAGAAGAACGGGGAGGGGGAAGAGCAGGGACAAGGUGAGGUCGCAGCUGCUGCUGCUGCUGCUGCUGCUGCUGCUGUCGUCGUCGUCCAGGAGGAUGGAGGUGCGGGAGAAGGCGGUGCUCGGGGACAUGAGGAUGCAACUUCUAGGGAGGAAGAAGUGUCCGGCAGCUGCUGCAGCGCUGUGUUUGUGAACACACGUCGAGGCAAAGGAAACGGUACCAAGAGGAAGAUCUCUGAUACUGACACAGAGACAGAGUGUGCUGCACAGGGUGACACGGAAGUGGCUGCAUCAGCUGCACCCUGUGGCGUCAGGGGUUCAAAGAAAAGAAAAGUGUCUCCUGUUCUAGAGGCCAUCGAAACUGAACCAGAGUCUCCGGAGGAGGAGCCACAGGCUGCGUCUGCUGCACCCCGUGGCGUCAGGGGUUCAAAGAAGAGAAAAGUGUCUCCUGUUCUGGAGGCCAUCGAAACUGAACCAGAGCCUCCGGAGGAGCCACAGGUCACAGACGGUGAGCAGCAUCCGGCUGAUGUGAAGGAUGAAGCGCCUGUGCAUGUUGAUACAGAAAAGGCAACAAAAGUAGCCAAAGCUGGUAGAAUCCCUCGUUACCAAGGCCGCCAGCAGAAGAGCAAGCAGUUGUUGAAGCCCGUCACUCCCAACUUCAAAAAACUCCACGAGGCACAUUUCAACAAGAUGGAGUCCAUUGACUCUUAUGUGCAGCGGAAGAACAAGCAGAUGGAGACCUACAGAACUUCUGUUAAAGAGCUGAAGAAACUUUCAGAUAAAACUAAACCGCAGCUGGCUGAUGACAAAACUCAAACAAAGGCAAAUCGUGCGUCCGUGCUCAGCCCUGUUCUGGUCAAUAAGAGGUCAGCUGAUGAAAAACGCAGACACACUUUGCUCUCGGCCAGCAAGGCUCCUCGAAACGAACCUGUCGGGAAGGAAGACGCUCCGUUCAGACCGUCGGUCCUUUCCACUCGCAGGAUCAAUGUUCGGUUCUCAGAAGCCACUCAUGACAACGAGUACAAGAGGCCCUUGUUGAAGACGCCGGCUCACAUGUCGCCCUGUGUGACCUCGAGCACCCCACAGAAACUGACCACCGGUGCAGCAAAGUCCAACAGUGUCAAGACUUCCACCUUCUCAGCCACAAAAACUCCAGGGCCGUACAUUUUCACGGGCAACACAAGCACUUCAGCAACUCCCGGAACACAGACAAAGCCGAACUUUGACCUGAAGGCGAGUCUGUCUCGUCCUCUCACCUACAAGCCUCAUGCAGGUAAACUGAAGCCUUUUGGAGAUGUCAAAGAAAACGCAGCAACGGAGGGAAACAAGUCUCUGAUCUCGAACUCGCAUCAGAAAAAUUACAAACAGCAUCAGGUCGAAACAAGGGAGGGCCGGAGAGGGAAACACAAGGCAGACCGAAAGCAGAAGAAAGAGAGUAUGCUUGGGGCGAGAAGAGGCCUCGUCAUGAUGUAAAAAAAAAAAAAAAAAAUACUGCGCUUUUUUUUCGACAUUUGUACAGCCUGUUGUUCCUCUGUAAAUAUUUUGUCGUUUGCAGCUGAAAAAUUGACUUUCUGCCGUUUUUUAGCCGUCCGUUAGGAAAGUAGAGAAGAUCCUUUGUUAUUCUGUCAACCCACUGUUGUGCUUUUAGAUUUUGUUGGAAUGCUUGAACUCUGAAUGAUGCAUUUAGAUGUGUAGAGAAUCCAUGUACCGCUUUGCAGCAUUUUAAAUUUGAUCUUAAAAAUUUCAUGUGCUCUUUUUUUCCUUUCAUGGAAAGAAUGCUAAGGUUGUUGCAAAAUAAAUGCAAAAUUCUCUUGUUCACAUUCUCCGAUUAAAUUGGCUAUUGCUGUUUUCCAAUGUG